GAUACUACCAAUAGGCGGGACUGUAGCUCUGCAGUGUGAUUGUGAGCUGCACAGCUGGCACAUGACGAGAAGGCUGACACGCGAUCCAGCUGCGGCCAGAUGACUGAGCUCAGCUGCCUCUUCCACACCAGACACACAUCACAUAAACAACUUGCUCGGGAGAAGACUUGUGCGCAUUGUGCCGUGAAAAAAAAAAAUACCCGCAUUGCUCAUUCAGCGGACCGUCUGCAUCAACUUCGAAGAAGGAUCCGAACGUAACCCCCUCUGAUGAGUUCCUCUGGGUUUCGAUCAUCAGUACCUCUCUCCGCAUGACUUGCUGUUCCCUCUCCGAAGCCAAAGCCGUUUUGACUUGACGGUGCUGCUGGUGAUGUAACGCACUUCAUCUCAGUGCUCACUCCACGAAUCACUAUAACCUCCUCUGCCAGACAUGGGACCCUUCAGACUCUAAAGCAGACGUUACUUUGCAGUGGGAGAGUCAAAAGGCUGAAGAGAGAUUGCAACACUUCUGUCUAGCUGUUGGAGUAACAGGCAGGAGAGUCACAGAGAGAGAGAGAGAGAAACGAGGGGAAAACAGAGUGGAGAGGAAUGAUGGAGUCCAUAUUAUCGGAGCAGUCGGCCACCGUGGACGAGCUGGUGGAAGCAUGCAUCCAAGCCUUCGAUGAGACGGGUGCUUUGAAGGAUGCUUCUUUGGUCCGCAUGUUUCUCAUGAUGCAACCUUGGUACAUCCCUUCGACCGACAUGGCUAAAAAGCUAGUGCUCAAAUCCCAAGAGGAGAGCUGCAACGCAGAGCAACGGACAAGAAUAUGCCACCUUGUCAAGUACUGGAUCUCUGAGUUUCCAGCAGAGUUCAAUCUGAACCCAGAGCUGGCGGACCAGAUCAAAGACUUUAAAGACCUCUUGACCACAGAGGGCAACGAGAGACAGAGUCAGCUCAUUGACCUCGACAGUGUGCCGUCAUAUAAAUGGAAGCGUCAGGUGACUCAGCGUGUCCCAUCGGUGUCCAAAAAGAGGAAAAUGUCCCUGCUGUUUGAUCACCUUGAUUCUUGUGAACUGGCAGAACACCUGACCUACCUGGAGUACAAAUCUUUCUGCAAGAUCCUGUUUCAGGACUACCACAGCUUUGUGAUGCAUGGCUGCACAGUGGAUAACCCCAUCUUGGAGCGUUUCAUCACCCUUUUCAACAGUGUCUCCCAGUGGAUCCAGCUCAUGGUACUCAGCAAGCCCACCGCCCCACAGAGAGCUGCUGUCAUCUCCCACUUCAUCAGAGUGGCACAGAAGCUGCUGCAGUUGCAGAACUUCAACACGUUGAUGGCGGUGGUGGGCGGCCUCAGCAACAGCUCCAUCUCUCGUCUCAAAGACACACAGGCCCACAUCAGCGCGGAGACCAACAAGGUUUUUAACAACCUCAUUGAAUUGGUGACAUCAUGUGGGAACUACAGUCAGUAUCGCAAGCGCUUCUCUGAGUGUUCAGGCUUUCGAUUCCCUAUCCUCGGUGUGCACCUGAAAGACCUCAUAGCCGUGCAUGUGGCGCUGCCAGACUGGAUUGAUAAAGAGAAAACACGGGUCAACCUGACCAAGACCCAGCAGCUGUAUGCUAUCCUUCAAGAGCUGGCAAUGAUCCAGAACACACCGCCUAACGUUGAUGCCAACACGGACCUGCUCAACCUGCUUACAGUGUCUCUGGACCAGUACCACACAGAGGAGGAGAUCUACCAGAUGUCUUUACAGAGAGAACCUCGUAAGCCAGCGCAGAACUCCAGCCCCGCCCCUGCGCCUGACCCCAAGCCCACCAUGAUUGAUGAUUGGGCUGUGUCAGUGAAGCCCAAUGCCGAUCCGACGAUCAUCAAGAAACACAUAGAGAAGAUGGUGGAGUCGGUUUUCAAAAACUUCGACACGGACGGUGACGGCAACAUCUCCAGGGAUGAAUUUGAAGCAAUCAGGAACAACUUCCCAUACCUCAGCAAGUUUGGAGAACUGGACAAGAACCAGGACGGCAAGAUCAGCAGAGAAGAGAUGAUAGACUACUUCAUGAAAGCCAGCUCUUUGCUCAACUGCAAGAUGGGUUUUAUCCACACUUUCACCGAGACCACUUACGUCAAGCCCACGUUCUGCGAACACUGCGCCGGCUUUAUAUGGGGCUUCUACAAGCAAGGUUACAAGUGUAAAGCCUGCGGGGUGAACUGCCACAAGGCCUGCCGAAGCCGCCUGGCUGUCGAGUGCCGCAAGAGGACCAAGAGCAUCAGCCACGAGACACCGCCUGCCCUCCAAGCCAGGUCCUACAGCUUCCCUCCACCUGCCAACACCCCACCUAGCCUGCAGAACACAGUAAUUGCUGAAGAGGAUAUAGAGACAGUGGAAGAAGGAGUUUUUGAUGUCCACCUAUAACCAGCAUUCAAACCUGCACUGCUGGAUGUAGGAGACUUGAACUAAAAUGUGAUUUUGAUGAACAGGCCAGUGACAGUCUCCAGCUCUCUAUUUUAGAAUCCCUCCUACGGUUGGUGUUCAAGAAGCCAAAUCAGCGAACAGUUGGGAGCCAGACACAGAAUGUGCUACAGUAUGUCAGUUUUACAGCCCCUCAACACUGAGGAGAAAUUGCACUGAACACAAGUCAGGAUACCUACAUGCUGCCAGCCAGUGGACACAUACUGCAACAACAUCUCCACUCCAGCUAAUUCACAUGAAUGUGACGACCAUUGUGAAUGGAAUGUAUUUGUAUCAUUUCCAUGUAAAAUUUCUGCAUUUUGAUUCUAUAUUGGCCAGGAAUGUUACUGUAAAACCUACUAUGUUUAAAAAAAAAUCCACAAAAUUGUAUUUUCUUGGUAGGAUGUCAGUGAAGUUUAUAAUUUGAGCACACUUUGCUGCAAAUUGGAAUGGCUGUCUACUUUUUUCUUUUUAAUUUAAAACAUAAAAGAGGUGCUGUUAUUGCCAAGAAUGUAAACCUGCCACCCAGACUAAGCUACUGUCUUCUUUAUCUGAGAAGCUCUGCUUUUCAUUGUUUAUCAUCUUGUUUUGAAGUACUUUUCAAUGGACCAAUAAUAGGAUCAAUUUUGAUGUCAGACAAAAUAUUGUUGAUUUGUGGUGCUCGUCUGAAACUUGAUGACAAAAGCAACCAUCCUGUCAAAAAAAAAAAAAAAAAAAAGAAAAAGAAUCAACUGAAAUUACUACAUGGACAUUUAUAAGUAAGGUGGACUUUGAACAUUGUUAUAUUUUUUGUCAUGUUUACCUGAGUAUAAGUAACUGUUCUAAGGUUAUUGCUGUUGUGUUGUUUUAGUAGACAGUACUGUCUUGUACCAGUGCACUGAUAGAUGAUCUCUCCUCUUGCAGUACUGUGAAUGUAGCAGAAACAGUGAAUUGCUGCUGUCAGAUGAAGAACUCAUCUUCCCCAAUAAAUAUGUUGACAGCAGAGAGCAGGGAAAUGGUUAAGCUCCUGCUGGUACAUCUGUUAGUUUUUGAAUGAACUUUAGAUUUCUGAGAAAAAUAAAAUAAUGAAACACAAACCACCCCCCCUCUCAAAACUGGAGUAAUGAGGCUUUUCAUUUGACAGCAGCAUAUGAAUAUUCUCUUAUUUCCCUGAGAAUCCUGAGUUUUGAUGCCAGUUGUAUUUUGCUGUUUUUUUUUUAACCUGCAUGCAUCCCCCCCCCCCCCCCUUCAUGGCUCUGCUCUCCGGCCAAACACUUAAUUUUUUAAUGUAGCAAGCCAGGUUAUCAUUCAUUUAGGAAGCAUGAAGUCUUGAAAUUGCAGAUGGAGGAAGUGCUUCUGUUGCUUUGUGCCUGUGGAGAGAUGAAUUCAGACUUCGUGUGCCAUAUUGCCAACUGCUGGCUUGUCAUUGAAUAAGACUCCUCACAUUGCUUGUGUUUAUGUUACUGUAUAAAUAACUAAAUAGCUGCCGGUCCUUCUGCGUCACUCCCUGCCUGACGAAGGAUGUUUGCUGUCAUUCUGUGAAUGAAUCUUUCAGGCUGAUGUCAUUCUAAUCCUUGUGUUCGCACACAAUUUCCCAGUAUUAAAAGGCAGAAGGCAUAACUCUAA